UGUCUCCCCGUGUCUCUCUCUCUCCCCCCCGUGUCUCUCUCCCCGCGUGUCCCUCUCUCUCUGUUGAGGAUGUCUCGUAAGCAAGCUCCGAGCAGACAUCCCAGCCAAGAGCCCUCCACCUCCACCUCUUCUCCCAACCCUCUCCCCACUUCGUCCAAGGGCCGGGCGCCACCACCACCACAACAACCACAACAACAACAACCACAACAACAACCACAACAACAGCAGCGGUCAUCGACGACACGUCGCUCCACCGACAGGGCCAAGGGGUCGAGCGGCAAGGGUGGACGAUCUGGUGGUGGUGGAGGUGGUGGUGGUGGCGGAGGUGGUGGUGGUGGUGUCAAUGCCGGUAAAAUUCAGGACGGUCCAUCAUCAUCAUCAGCAGCGGCAUCAUCAUCAGCGGCAGCGGCACCAUCAUCAUCAGCGGCAGCUGUUGCUGCUGCGUUGGUAAGCGGCCGUGCUUCGAAAGGCCGCCACCGCCACCAGCAGCAGCAGCAAGACCCCCGAUCAGCGUACGGCGAGCUGACUGAGCAAGAUUUUACAUCCAUAGAGAACGUGUUUGGCCAGGACAGAGAGCUGGAACAAGGAGAAAUGGACGAGCUGCGUGCGGCCUUCAAGGAGUACGACCGCGACUGUGACGGUUUCAUCCGCAACGCCGAAUUGGGCGCCCUGAUGAGAGCCAUGGGCUACAUGCCCACGGAACUGGAGCUCACAGAACUAUACCAGCACAUCAACAUGAACUUUGGAGGCAAGGUGAACCUGGAGGAGUUUGUGGAGCUGAUGGGCCCCAAGCUCCUGGAGGAGACGGCGGCCAUGAUAGGACUCAAGGAGAUGCGCGAGGCCUUCAAAGAGGCAUACAAUUAA